UGUCCCGUGGGGCCCCGCACACCCUCCCGCUCUCCCUGUGACAGCACAGCCGAGCGGGGCCCGGGGGUCAGACGGCACGUGGCUGUGGCCGUGCCCAGCACUGGCGGCAACCAUGGACACGGCGUGACCAAAGGUCGCCUGCACCGCCCCAGCAGCGCGACAGUGCUGCGGAACUGCGCCGUGCCCGGUGUGCCCUCCCGCCCUGCGGAGUCGGUUCCUCCUUUGCUUAAGCCGGGGCAGGAAGUGUGGGGUGAGAGUUGGGGAGCGCGAGCUGUGCCCUGCCGGGGAGCGGGCUGCUGCCCAGCCCCGUGGGAGGCACAGCCAUGGCUCGGCGGGAGCGGGAGCAGGGCUCGGCGGAGCAGAAGGUAGCUGGCAUCGCCAGGACGUUCACACUCCUGGGAGCCGCCCGGCCGCAAGUGGGGAGCCUAGCCCGCAGCUCCCAUCUCUGGCCGGCUGCCACAGGGAGCAGGGAGCGUUUCCAUCCACUGCAGAAGAUGGACACCAGUAGGAGUGUCGACCGGGGCAGCCAUAGCCUGGGGAGCUGGGGUAGGACUGCGGGCAGGCUCUCCAUCGGCCCCGGCAGUACCCGGAGAAAGGAGCUGAAGGAAAUCCUCCUGCAGAGCAAUAGCCCCAGCAGCACGGUGCGGUUUGCUGCCGCUCAGAAGACAUCCAACGACAGCAGUGUCCUUGCAGGGCUACACCAAGAGCAGAAGCCUGAGCAGACCCCCGAGGAGCUGUCUCUUGCCUUGGAUCCCCUGGAGCAUGAGUGGCUGCUGACGGUGGCACAGGGUGAUGCAGACAACAUCAUAAGGCUGCUGGACCUGGAUCCCAGCCUGUUGACCAGGAAAGACUUUGUGACGGGAUUCACCGCUCUCCACUGGCUUGCCAAGCACGGCCACUAUGAGAGCUUCAUCCAGGUCAUCUCCCACGUGCAGAAGAAGGGCUAUCCUGUCAACGUGAACAUCCCCACAGCCAGUGGCGGGUUCACCCCCUUGCACCUGGCCGCCCUGCAAGGACAUGAGCUGCUCAUCAAAGUGCUGGUGGGAGCUUACGGGGCAGACACCAGCCGCAGGGACCACAGUGGGCACAAGGCUUGGCAGUAUCUUAGGGAAGACACCUCCAGGGAGCUGAAGGAGCUGGCAGGGGCCUUGGAGGAGGACUUGGUCCAGCUGUGCUCUCACAACACCAACAACAACUGUAAGUCAUCCAGAGAGGCCAGGGUAGGGCGGGACUGUGUGAUCUCUGGGGCCGAGGGGAAAGCCCAGAGCUCCUGGAGCCUGUCAACGCUCCGGACCUUUGUCAGACAGGCAUUUACUUUCUUCCAAGAGCGCUGAAGCUCUCCUGGCUCAUCUGCCUGCAAACCCAUGCUGAAUAGCAGCCCGAAGAGCUUGCAGGGAGCUGUGAACUUGGCGAGGGCCAGCCAGCGCUUGAAAUCUUUGCUAAGAGGGGAUUAAACCCCUGCACAGGGGCACCACGGUCACCCGGGGUCUCGCGUGGGCUUUUGGAGCUGUGCCGGUGUGUGUGGGGCAACCACAGCCAUCAGGAGCACUGCCUGGGGACAGUCCUUCCAAAAAACUGCCUGUCCCCGGAGGGGGUUUUGCUCCUUUCCCCUGCUGAUGGGGAUUCCGCAGCUCAUCAGAGCCCCGUGGUGGGGGUUCAUGUGCCAGCCCCGCUGUGGGGAGCUGCUUCUCUGACACCCUGCGUGCCCGUGGGAGAGCGCUGAGCCACCGUGGGAGGUGGUGUCCCGUGCUGGGGGCCGGGGGUGGACAUUUGGGCUGCCCAUCCCGGGCUGCCAGCAGACUUUGCGUGUGACUGCAGGUGGGUCAUGCAGAAACUCUGUAACUUGGUUCUCUCACCUGUAAAAUGAGGCCGUCAGCACUGCCCUGGCUCCCAGCAACACUGUGAGUUGGAAUGGUCAUGGCGCCUUGGGUGCCUGGAUGGAGGCACUGGCAGAAUAUAAUUAAAUAUUUCACAUCCAUACCCUAAGAUGCCAGAGGCCUGGCACUGGGCUGGUGAUGGAGAAACGACGAUGGCUUCAGAAACAACCCCCCACAACACUUCUUUAUGUAUGCUUCUCUGCCGGCAGGGAGAGUGGGUACAGACAAGCAGACCAUGUCACCAUGCUGCAAACACUUUCCAGCUGCCUCUGAGAUACCCAGAUCUCUGCCACAUGCACCUCCUCUGGGUUGCUGUUUGUUUAUGACAGAUAAAGCUGUUUCUCAGUAAAGUAAGAGCUGGAGUGUCCAGUUUGCCAGAGGAGGUCAGGCCCAGAAGAGAAGUCUUUCAAAGUGCAAGGCAAGUGCCCCUGGCAGCCCUUCCGUGGGGACCACCAAGACACUCAGCCCUACUGGGGAUGGGGGCUGGAGUGGGAGGGAUGUCCAGUGGGGUGGCAUGGCUGGCUCCCACGGGGACUGGAAUCUAGAAGCAGCUCUGUAAAAAUGAUUCAAUGCUCAAAACCAUGGAAAAGGUACAAAGACUGUGAGAUUAUCUUUGUGGCUACUGAGGUCAUGCUCAAAAAUGAAGCUCUUGAGAAACAUCCCUACAGCUGUAUAACCCCACAUGUAUGUACUGGUAACUGCAUUAAAAGGGCAAAGCCUCUGCUCACCUGUUUGUGUUUUGUUCACCAAAUGGAGCUUUGACCAGCUGAUUUCAACUUGCUUUUCACAUUCUCAAAGGCCAGAGCUGUGUCAAAAUAGCUUCAGAAAAACAACUGCUCCUUCCUCUUUUUCAUCAUCAUGAGACCAUUUCUACCACCUUAAAUAGCAGUCCCAUUUGAGAAGUGACUCUCAGACAGCAACUGGGGAGUUUCUGUUCCCCAUCACAGAGCAGCAGUCCUUGCAGAGACACCUCACUUCCAAGGGGAGCCACAGUUUCUUUCCAGCUGCAUUUCUGGGGGUCUGCAGAGGUGACUCUAGAUGAUCUCUGGCCUGGCUUCACUGGUGAAUUUACACCUUAAGGAAGAAAGUUCCAUGGGUAACUCCCUCAGGGGAACUUAAGCCUGUGAGUUUCAUAGACCCUCUGCAAACCCCGUUUAUAUUCAGAUUGUGCUAGAAGUGCUGCUCAGACACCAGAAUAACCCAGUCUGCGGUGGAUGACACAUGAAAGAACAGCCUCCAGAUGAGUAGAUAGUGAUCCAGUGACUGGAUAGUGUCCAGUCCAGGUGACUGGUUGGACACAUAGAUGUGUCUGGGCAUCUUUUAAAUCACUGAAGUCAGCAGCAGAGACAUACAAAACAGACUGGGAAUGUAUUUAAUGCCUAACCUACACCAGUUUUGUAAUGCUAUAACAGAUUAAAGACUAUGGCAACAUUGCUCCUUCCAGAACUUCUCUGACCACAUCCAUGCCACGGGACAGCAGGCUGGUUUCUAAUGAGGCUGGUCACACCAUCGCAAACUCCAUGAAAAGCACUGAUGUCAAAACACCAGUGACUUUUAGUUCUAACUAAGAUACUGUUGAUAAAGAGAGGUGGGUGCAUGUCUGACAAAGUAUUUUUCGACCUAUUAGCCUUCUAUCACCCUUUUGCAGCAGCAUGCUGUCUGGGAGAGGGUGUGGGAACUGCUCUUAAAUCCUCCUCUGGUAAGGUGCAGAGUAAACAGUGGAAUUACAAUUUCCUUGAAGGAGCUGUUUCCUUGGCAUUUGUACCUGCAGCUUAGUCAUGCUCCACCAGGAAACAUGGAAUUCAGUGUUCCAUUUUCAAGUGAAAUUUAAUUGGCAAAUGCUACCCUUUAUGACUAAAUGAUUUUUUGUACUUGCCUCCCCUUGACAACUAACUCAAACCCCUAAAGGCUGCUUUUCCCCCCAUCUUUUGGUCAUAGGUUUGAAGCUGUGUUCUGCUCUGAGGCAAAUUAGGCAGGCACUUCAGAAGGAGCAAGACCCUGCUUCUCUGGGUGGUGUUACAAUAUACUCAUCAACGCCACCCCCUGCCUUGCCUGCGCUGCAAGUGUUCCUCUCCACAGAGCAAAAAAAAAAGAUCUUCAAAUCGCAGUAUCCCUUCUGCUGCUGUACACCAUGUUUGCCCCAAACACCACGCCAAACCCAGUGACCCACCCCUCUGUCUUGCACCAUUUAUUUUCAUACCUACAGAGGGGCAGUUGGUUUGGAAAUAUGUUUAAAAAAUAUUCCUCAAAUAUACAGUCAGCUCUCACUAUGCUUCUCAGAAAACAAAAGCAUAGCCACCAAAAUUAAUGGACCAGAAUAUGCAAAUUAUGUCGAUUUUUUUCUUUAAUGUUUCUGUUGAUGUCUCAGUUAUCCUGUGUUAGCUCAGCUCUGCAGAGAUUUCUGAUCCCCCCUGUAACUCUCACAGGGCAGGAGAAGCUGCCGCAGGAACAACAGAAAUCAUUCAAACUCAGAGGUAUUUGUGUUGGUUAAGGUUUUGCAGAAGAUUGAUUUUAACCCAAUUUUAAUUUGUUCUAAAUUUACUUAGUGUUAUCUCUUAAUGUCCAAUUUGAAAAGCAGAUUCAGUCAAAUAGGGAAAAAAUAAUACAAGGGGUUAUUUUCUAAAGCAGCUCCUUGGUAGAAGCUGUUUCCAUCUAAUAAAAUUAGCACAGUAGUGAUAGUAAUAGGGAGACUAUCUAAUAAAUAGUAAUAAAUAGUUCAAUCUAUUGCUCAGGAAAGCCUUCCCACAAAUGCCAUGGAGAAAACCAUCUCUUUCCAUUCUCAAGUUAAUAAAAUUACUUUUUUCCUCCUCAGCCAGGUCCACAGACACAAUUAGAGAAACUGUGAGUCGCUUUAUCUGCCAGCAGCAGUGAUAGGGAGAAGCAAGGGGCAUUUCACAGGGCUCUAGGGAUGAUCUUCGAUCCGCAGCAGUGCUGCUAUUUCCUCAACACUUGCUUAAAAGAGAAGAGCACAGAAGAGAUUUAAAAAACAUGGGGGUAAAAGUGUUUGCAGCACGUGGGCGUCUGUUGAACAUCUUUGGCAAUGCUGUUUGCUGCGUUCCUGUUGCAGCAACUGCUUUCCCCCAGUAACAAAGUAGAAACUAGACUCUUACCAGGCAGGAAAAGAAACUAGAAGAUACCUCUGAAGCUGGUAAAAAUCCCAGCCUUGCUCUCCUGUGCUCACAGAAAGCU